UUGAAGUUCCAGUUACACUAAAUGACACUGCGUAGUGCGUAUAUACUCUUGACGAGUAAACAUAUCGAAUUCCAAAACAGUUAAAGCAAUCAAGACAGUUUUUUCAUAAUGAAAAAACCAUUACAACUGUUUUAUUAGAGCGUUAUAACGUGAUCAGGUUGACAGUAGAUAAAAAUCACCGAUAUAUAACCUGGUUCACAAGUUUUCGAAUUCGUCAAGGUCAAAUUUGCAUAGAGAUAUAUAUAUACACACAAUUGAUGUGUUUAUUCAUUUUGAUAACACAGUAUAUAGCAGUAGCGACUAUAAUAAUCUAAAUCAGCUACCACUACAAAAACCGAUUGCAGUUACAUGAUUUUUGAUAAUAUCUGAUCAACAAACUUGCAAUGUGAUACAUGAGUAUGUGAAUAGGAAUUAUAAAAAUACAUAAAAGCAUCUUGCAGUGCCUUACAUUGAGUUUUCUGCAAGUACGUUGCUUGAAUUUGGAGCUCCAAGGAUUAGAUUAUUUUGAGCGUUUGUAAUACUAUGGUACAAAAAAUCCAAAAAGAAAAUGAAGAGAAGCCAAGUCAAGAUAUCGUUCAAGAUGAAGUAACUACAUCUGGAGAAUCAAUGAACCAAGUUCAGGCUCGUCAAGAAGAGGCCAGACAAAAAAGACGUAAAAAGAAACGUACUAGCUCAUCUAUAUAUUCAACAUGUUUCCAAGAGCUAUAUAAACUUACUGGUGAAGUAUUGGGAGAAGGUGCCUAUGCAUCCGUGCAAACUUGUGCUUCACUAUACACAGAUCUUGAAUAUGCUGUGAAAAUAAUUGAUAAAAUUCCCGGGCAUGCCCGGGAACGCGUUUUUAAAGAAGUUGAGAUGUUUCAUCACUGCCAAGGACAUCCUAACAUUAUUCAACUAAUUGAGUUUUUUGAAGAUGAGGAGAGAUUUUAUCUUGUUUUUGAGAAAGUUAACGGAGGACAAUUACUUAGUCGCAUCCAAGAACGUAUACACUUUAGCGAGCGCGAAGCUAGUUAUAUUAUUGCAGAAAUUGCUAGUGCUCUCAAAUUUUUGCAUAAGAAAGGUAUUGCACAUCGAGAUCUCAAGCCUGAAAAUAUUUUAUGCGUUGACCCACAUAAACUUACACCAAUUAAAAUCUGUGAUUUUGACCUUGGUUCUGGGAUAAAAUUUAAUGCGUGCGUAUCAUCACCGAUCGCAACACCACAACUUCUUACACCCGUUGGCAGUGCCGAAUUCAUGGCUCCCGAAGUGGUCGAAGCUUUUGUCGGCGAAGCCAAUUAUUACGACAAACGCUGUGAUUUGUGGAGCCUCGGGGUCAUAAUGUACAUUUUACUUUGCGGCUAUCCACCUUUUUACGGAAAUUGCGGAGAAAAAUGUGGCUGGGAACGUGGUGAGAACUGUCGCGCCUGCCAGCAAUUACUGUUUACAAGUAUUCAAAAUGGAAAGUACGAUUUUCCUCCUGCCGAAUGGGCUGAUAUUUCGCAAGAAGCAAAAGAUCUUAUUCGAGGCUUACUUGUAAAACAAGCGCAUAAGCGUCUCAGUGCUGAAAGCGUAUUGAACCAUCCAUGGAUAAAUCCAGGACCAAGAAUCCGCAAGCAUACAGAUCGGCCACUUCAAACUCCUCAAACAAUAAGACGCAAUAAUUCCGCUCGAGAGCUGUCUGCUUUUGCUGAAUCCGCUAUGGCUGUUAAUAGAGUAGUCCUACAACAUUUUUCAUUGAAUCUACGAGAGCUUGUAGAAGUGUCAACCGAGCUGGAUCCUCAGACUUCUACUUCAUCCGCCGACGACGAUAAUCAUCCAUAUGGUCAUAUGUCCGACUCAAACAGUGAGCUCUCGGAACUAGGCAACGAAUGCGCUCAUAAUUCCUUGAAAAUAAGUGUAACCAAUUCUAAUCAUGAGUCCGUAAGUUUGUUUGGACUUUCGCCUCCUAGUGAGAGUCUACUUAUGCAGCGCCGCCUCCGAUCCCAGUCUACACUUCUUCAGGGUCACAACUCACCAAUUUCAACUUGAUCGCCCCAUGGAUAAUGUUAAUGGCGUUUUUACGUACUUUUCACAGUAUGACAAGUAUUCUUUAUUUUUAAGAACAGCUGGAACUAAAAACAAUGUUUUUCAAAUCCUUCUUAUGUUCUUUAUGUCUAGUGUGAUUAUAUAAUAAAAAAAAGCUUCACAUUUUA